AUGACAUCCUCAGAAGUCGCCCAGAAGCCAGCUCAAAGCCAGCAAGUCUCCUCCAAGCAACCUCAAUAUGCUCGCGAAGAAAAAGAGCAAAGUGCAAGUGCGAGCGCAAGUGCCGGUCUCAACCUAAACCUUUUCGGCGCAGUCUCAGGAGCCUUCUCCGGCAAGUCCAAGAAGGAGAAGCAAGCAGAUGGCAGCGAAGUCGAGCACAGACAAGACAAUUCAGCCAUCAAAGGCGUAGCUGCUGGCAAUGGAAGUGCUGUAGGAGCCGCCGAUGCCGAGGCGCAUGGCAGGGAAAUGCGCGAGCGUAUUUUGGCGGGUGAGAAGUAA